CACUUGUCUGUCCAUGGACUUCAAAUGGAGCGGUCUGUGCAGGAGAAUACCCUGCAUUAUGCUAUUGGCAAUGUUCUACUCGUAGCUCGGAUAUUCGGCGUACUUCCCCUUUCCGGCAUUGGGCCAACUAACAAGCCAGAAAAUGUUCGCUUUCGCUGGUUUUCCCCGAUUAUUUUGUUAUUCCUGGUAGUAUUCACAUUUGUAGUUGGUGAUUUCUUGCUCUCAGCUAAGAUGGUGUCCAACAAUGGGCUUAAGAUCUACACAAUAGGCUCCCUGACUUUUAGUGUGAUUUGUAUAUUUUGUUUUGGCACCUUUAUAAAUCUUGCUCGUCGUUGGCCCUAUAUCAUCCGUCAGACAGCGCUAUGUGAGCGGAUCUUCCUGAAACCCUGCUAUGGUAGUCAUCAAGGACUAAAUUUCAGUAAAUUCCUUCGAAGUUGGGCAUUGAUUCUUCUGUUGUCGGCAUUGUGCGAACACCUCACCUACGUCGGCAGUGCCGUUUGGAGCAACUAUGAGCAGAUUCGGGAUUGCAAUCUGAAAGUGGGUUUUGUAGAAAACUAUUUUCUGAGAGAGCGCCAGGAGUUAUUCUCAGUGUUUGAUUACCAAAUGUGGAUUGUGUUCUUCAUUGAAUGGAGCACGGUCUCAAUGACCUUUGUCUGGAACUUUGGAGACAUAUUUCUUAUUCUCAUGUGCCGAGGAUUGAAGAUUCGUUUUCAACAACUCCAUUGGCGGAUUCGCCAAAAUCAAGGAAAGUCCAUGACCAAAGAGUUUUGGCAGGAAAUACGUUCGGACUUUUUGGAUCUGGAUAAUCUUUUGAAACUCUAUGACAAGGAGCUGUCUGGCUUGAUUUUGGUCUGUUGUGCCCACAACAUGUACUUCAUAUGUGUCCAGAUCUACCAUAGUUUUCAAGUCAAAGGAGCUUUUAUGGAUGAGCUGUACUUCUGGUUUUGUUUGAUUUACGUGAUUACCCGUUUGAUGAACAUGAUGUUGGCUGCUGCUUCGAUUCCCCAGGAGGUCAAGGAUAUUUCCAAUACACUUUAUGAAGUUCCUUCAAAAGAUUGGUGCGAUGACUUGGGGCGCUUAAGUGAAAUGCUGCGCAAUGAAACCUUCGCACUCAGUGGAAAGGGUUACUUUUUUCUAACCCGAAGGCUUAUAUUUGCAAUGGCUGCUGCUUUAAUGGGCUACGAACUGGUGCUGUUCCGGCAAUUGGAAGGUGCCGCGGUACAGAAGAAACUUUGCAGUCGUGGGCCCGGCUCCUCCAUGAGCAUUUUCUUCUCUUAG